CAUGCCGCAUUGUAUUAUGGGUAUCCUCAAACUCAACCGGUCCGACUAAUAUCCCAAUGGUAACAACGAGCACAGUAAUUUAACGUCUGUGGCAUGACUCAAAUAUUUAUCAGACCGCGGAGACAUAGUAGAACAUUGGAGACUGGAGUAAAUCGGAAUUCACCUAUUCAUCUAUUCACCAUCAAGUGCGGCGAGUCGUGUAUAGGACAUUCCACUUUAACGCAGUUGCAACACCGACUGUGUGUCAUUGUGUGUUCAGAGGAUAACAAGGUUGAGUGACGUGACCUUGAGUAACAGUUCAUUUCGUGCACCGUCUGACCUUCCUAAAACAUAUUUAAAUAUUGAUGGUGACAGAGCAGCGUCAACCAAGGCUGCGUUAAAUCAUGGCCGGUCGUGACAGUACUUUAGCAGCAUACCUGGCCGUGGCACUUAUCGGGACAAUUCUAGCUUACUAUGGGGGUGUUUGGUUUAAACACUAUGGAGGAAAGUGUGUUGAUCGGGCCAUAAAAGAUCUGACAUUGGACAGUUAUUACACAUUGAGAAUACACGACUCAUUUUCUCACCUGAAACCCGCGUUAAUUGGCAGAAUCGGUCUGGACACUGAGAGCUCCGACUUCAGAGAUUGUGGCAUCAGAGGUGACGUUAAUGCGUUGUGUGUGGAUCAGAUAGGGAAACAACAACUGCAGGUCGUGCGCACUGAGGAGGAAAAUGUCGUCUGCUAUGACGUGAGAAGAAAAGCUCUGCAAACUGUGUCCCAAGAGAUUAAGGAUUGCUUCAGUUUGUCCGCAGCGCAGUGGUACGGCGGUUUUCAGCACGUCCAUCAACCUUGGCCUCUGAAUGCGAUGAAUUUGGACUUGCAGCCUUUCGUAUCCACAGACAUGUUUACUCACAAGUCAGACAUAGGUGGCGUUAUAGAACGGUAUUUCAUCAAUUCAAACGGCGUAGGUAUACGUAUAAGUAACGACGUCCCCCUGUACGUUAGCAUGAAUCAGUCUGGAGACGGGGAAGUUUGCCUUGUCAGCAAAUCACAAGGUUACCCCUACAUGAACAACAACAACGUCCUCCCCGAACUCAACUACACCAUCUGCCGAGCGUCAAAUAUCAAGCUCCUUCACGACGCCAUGUCAAGACGGUACAUUGACCGUCCAGAGAACAUACCAGAUGAGAAGAUGUUCAGGUUCCCAGUGUGGUCAACGUGGGCGCAGUUUAAUAAAAACAUCAACGAAACACUUCUAAUGGAAUUCGCGAAGGCUAUCAAAGAAAAUGACUUUUCCUAUUCGCAAAUCGAAAUCGAUGAUGACUGGACCCCGCUUUACGGAGAUCAGGAAUUCGACAUUAACAAGUUUCCAGAUCCUGGUAAAAUGAUCCGGACAUUGAACAACAUGGGGUUCAGAGUGACGGUGUGGGUGCACCCUUUCAUGGAAGUCAACUCCAAGGCUUACAAGGAAGCAGCAAGGGAGAAACAUGUCGUCAUGACAACCGACGGCUCCGCCCCAGCCUUGGUGAAAUGGUGGAACGGGGAUGAAGCUGGAUUGCUGGAUGUUACCAAUAGCAACGCCGUACAGAGAUUCCUGGAGAGACUUAGGAACCUCAGGGCCUCACACAACGUCAGUUCCUUUAAAUUCGACGCUGGUGAAGCCUUUUACUACCCAAGGUCAUACUCCAUUAAAUCACCCUACCCUAACCCCGAGAACUAUGCACGCCUGUGGGCAGAUCUGGCCUAUCAAUCAGACACUGCAGUUAGACACCAGGAAGUUCGGGUAGGGUGGUCAUCGCAAAAGUAUCCUAUUUUCGUUCGUCUUUUUGAUAGGAUGUCUUCUUGGGGUUAUGAUACUGGUCUUAAAACUGUCAUCCCAGCCAUCCUUACAUUUGGUAUCCUUGGUUACCCGUUUGUGUUACCCGAUAUGAUUGGUGGGAAUGCGUACCAAGACGACAUCACCUUCUCUGGAGGGGCCUAUCCUGAAAGGGAGCUAUUCAUACGAUGGUUGCAAGUGAAUACAUUCUUGCCUGCUGUUCAGUUUUCAAUUGCGCCCUGGAUCUACGAUGCGGAGGUAGUAACUAUUGCUAAAGCACAGAUGAAACUGCGUAAACGAUAUGCGGACACAAUUAUUUCAUUAGCGAAAGAGAGUGUUAAACAGGGUAGUCCAAUUAUACGACCACUUUGGUGGAUCAGCCCUGAAGAUGAAAUCGCCCUCACGACUGAUUCCGAGUUUUUACUUGGUGACGACCUUCUCGUGGCCCCUGUCUUAGACAAGGGAGCUAACUCCCGAGACAUUUAUCUACCAAGGGGAUUAUGGGUAGAUCAGCUCAAUGGCGACAAAAAGCAGGGACCAAUAUGGUUGAAGGAUUACCCAGCUGAAAUAGAAGACCUCCCACAUUUCACAAGACAAAGAGAUACUUAAAGUGCAAGUCUCGUUGAUGUAUACAACUUUGCAGAAUUGGGUAGAUCGUAACAUCGUUAAUGCAAAUACUGCAAUGAAAAUAUCGAAAGCGGCGCGUAAAUAAGGUACAUUUGCAUUCUAGUAUUGGCUAUCAAUUGCAAAGGCUGAAACGAAAAUACAGCGGGGGUGGAGCCUUUACAUACGGAGGCUCCAUAUAUGGUCAUGUUGGAGGACAUGUCCAAAAUUACACAUUUGAUCGCAUAAGCAUGACCUUCUAUUCGCAUCCUAAUGAGCAAGCAACUGUUCACGGUCAUAACAAAGCAAACCUAUUCUCCACCCUUUUUAACCCUAAGACAUUCUCCUAUUUACAAUUAAACAAUGACCAUUUGUAUACAGUAUUUCCCUUCGUAUGGGUGAGAUGAAAAGAUUAAAAUAUGCUCCUCUUUCAUGGUGAGAAUACGAUGUGCGAAGUAUGCUAUUUCUUCAAUUAUAGCGUUUAUUGUUCUCUUUUCGGUACAUGAGUUUGUUUUUGGACUCUUCUUUGUUUAAAAUAUUCGCUGAUCUGUGUAUAAAAUGAUGAAGCAUCGAUCGUGCUUACUUCGUUCCUUUCUGAGGUAUCGUGAGCUCAAAUCGAUCCUAACUUGCCGAUAUGUCCGACUCUGCCAAUAUUUUUCGAGUGAGUGAGUAUGGUUUUACGCCGCUUUUAGCAAAAUUGCAGUAAUAUCACGGCGGGGGACACCAGAAAUGGGCUUCACGCAUUGUACCCAUGUCGGGAAUCGAACCCGGGUCUUUGGCGUGACGAGCGAACGCUUUAACCACUAGGCUACCCGACCGCCCCCAAUAGUUUUCGAGUUAUCGUUGGAUGUGAAUGUUUCUGUGCCGUACAUGCAUGCAUGCUAAUGUAUGGCAGUUGUGUUCAUGUUGAAAUACCAUAUAGCCCCAUGGCCGAGUCAGGAUCCGCUGAUUGCGGGUUAGAAUCCCAGAUCUGUCCGGAUCUAGAUCCAUGGUUUAUAGUCACCAUAGCCGUUCUCGUGGACUUCGUCAACAUUUCACACGUCAACAACCGUGGCGCUGAGAAAGAUUUGUCAAUCAGUGUUAAAGUAUGGGAGUUGCGACCAUCUUUGUUCUAAGAUCUCUAUUUGUAAGUAGGCUCUAGCCAUGAAGGACAAUGACCAGCGCAGAAUGCCCAUCUGCGUUACGUACUGCAUUGUUAGCUAGUGAUAAUGGCAAAACAGUACACGAGAGGUAAAAGUAGUACAACCAUGAUAGUGAUAUGAUAGAUAAGUGCGAUGAGAUGUGGGAGCGAGUUCCAGCAGUGAUGUGUAGGUGAUAUAACAGUGACCUUGCAGCGAUUAAGGAAACAAAUAGUCUCUCACUGUUUCGACAACAGGAAAAAGUUUCUGUUUCUUAAUUUCCGUUUGAGUUGACACUAAUGUAAAAUCUUCGAACAACAUAAUAUGCAUGAUUUUCAAACACGCAAUAUACCGUAUUUUCCAAACGUAUUGUGGUACGUAUCCAUAGGUUUUUCAUAUCCUGGUAUACCGGUAAUGUCGCGGUAAACAAGAUCAUAAACUUGGCCAAACUGCCAAAUAUCUAGAGCCAAGUGUUUUCAACAACAAUCACCCGCAUCAAGCUAUGAUGCAGCACUCUUAUUGACCCUGUUCUACUUCCACUGGCGUUUAACUUUGACCAGUUGUCAAGGAGAGUGACGAUAUAAGCGUAGUGUCCCUCUACAGAGAUAGGAGGCCUCUCUGAUAGAUCACUAUAUAGAUUAUAUAAUAAAUGACAGUAGCAUGUCAAUGACAAUUUUAUAUAAGAGGGAUAUGAUAAUGAAGCGAUAUACAUCCAAUAUUAUCUAGUUUGUCAAUGAAUAAAACAAAAAGACAGAUUUCAUUAUUUUUAAUAGCCAUUUAUGUCAGCCUCCAAAGACAAGACAGGCAUAACGAGAAAUGUACAUCUACGUGUAUGCUGACACAGAAACAAAAUAUAUAUCUUCUCUCACAUAAUACAUUACAGACGCCUUAAUAUUACUUGGUUGACGGAACGGUGAGCUAAAAAAUCACGACUGUGAAAAAAAGUUUAAUGUUGUUUUUGUUAACACUGAGACUGACAAUCGCUCUUAAGAAUAAGACAGAAUUUGCUCCAAUACUAUCCCUCACUUCAAUGGAACACCACACGUUUUUAUGUGAACGUUCUACACUAUUAACAUUUAACAUCGCUGCUUGGUUUUUUACUACAAUACCUAAAAAAACUUGAACAUUUUAAUUUUCUUCUCGUCACCCGACACUAUAUUAAAAGAAAAGAGAAAAUAACUGAAGAAUAUAAUUUUAGUUAUAUCUUAUUUCGAACACCGACCAAAACCUUGUAGAAAAUAUCCGUUAACCAACUAAAAAUAAAA